UUAUUAGAUAAUAAGAAACUGUCUGAACUAGAUAAUUAAUUUGGAUACAGCUACAAAAAUGUGUGUUUCUCUUCGUACUGCUCUCCUUGCUUCAUAUAUACCAUAACUUCAACCCAUAACAACCUGCCAUACGUCUCAGGUCUGACUAUCCAUUUUUGACAUAAAUUCAUGAUUGAAUCCACUUGUUUUGACUGUGACUUAGACUUAACGUUUUCAAUGUUGAACAUUGUGACUCUCUGAUCCCACCUCCUAUAAAACAGGAUUGAGCAUAUCAUAAAAAUUUUGAAGUAGUAAUACUAUUAUGUUUAUGAGGGUUUGAUUUUCAAAUGUGAUAAUGAGGCGCAAGGCGAAGAUGACUUCUACAGUGUCAGUACACUACACUCUGAGUAAAGUGACUAGGAAGGGCUGGGGUCUACAACAGUGGUUCUCAACCUUUCUGAUGCCGCUACCCUUUAAUACAGUUCUUCAUGUUGUGGUGACCCCCAACCACAAAAUUAUUUUCGUUGAUACUUUAUAACUUUUGAGUGUAUGUGUUUUUUUAUUGUCUUAGGCGACCUCUCUGAUUGAAAAGGGUCGUAACUCACAGGUUGAGAACCACUGGUCUACAAUAAAGUACUAAAGUAAUAAAGUUAAGCAUGUGUAAUAAAGUUAAGCAUGCUCACAUUGAUCUGAUAUCCUAAAAUCUUUUUAAAGAAAAAUCAUAAAAUGUCCCUACAAUGAUUUUUUAACAUUUUCAAUUUCACUCUAAAAAAACACUGGGUAAAUGUGAAGAGAUAGCACCACGUUUUUUUACCAUGGUGAACUUAUGUCCUAAAUUUAUCCCUAAACCUAACCUGAACCCAAAAUCUAUCCCUAAACCAAACUUGAACCCUAAACUUAUCCGUAACCUGGGUUUUGACCCUAUCGGAACCAGGGACAAAGCACAAAAAGGACUUCAGAGUGCUUUCUCUUCACAUUAGCCAAACACUCAUUAUUAUUAUUAUUAAUUAAACUAAAUUGAAUUUUUAAAAGUGACAUCUUAUAACUUAUGUCAGAAUACAUCCGUCACAACAGAAAUUUAAGGAACAGAAAUUUAAGGACCACUGUCCAUUUCAGGUUUUAUAUUAUUAUGAUAAAAAGAAAUUAUGUGUGAUUUCACAUAUGAUCUUUACCACCCCACCAAACACCACCCCAGUCACAAGCUGUCAUACUUUCUUAGCCCCCCUCUGGCACUGUACGUGCUUUAUACGGCCCCAUAAGCUAAGGGCUGAACAUAAAUCAAAUUCUAAAGUAAAAGACAUAAGUUAGGCUUAUUACUAAUUGAAAUAAUUAGCCUAGGCCUAGGCUUAAGCCAAACAGCAUUCAUAUAAUGAUUAGCCUAGCAUAAUGGGCUUAAAAAAAAAUUAAUUAAAGUAUGUGGGUGUGGGCAAGUUUGAUUUUCAAGUCAAUAACUGUCAAUUAGUAAGAAGUACUUAGAAACAUAGAAAGAAGACUAGUAAGUAACAAUAGGCAUACAUUUUAUAUUAAUAAUAGCAUACUAUUUGUUACUAAAUCUCUAUAAAUCUAACUCAUAUAAAGUUAAAUGAGUAGAUAUAUCAUUAUAGUUUUAGUUAUGAUUCUAAGUGAUUUCAUUGUGCCAAUUUAAUUGUACCAAUGAUUGAGGAGUCAGAUGGAGGCCUGCAAAUUUUAUACAAAUAGUAAAAUAACUUAAGACUAGCUCUUUUGUCAGUAACAUUCUUUCGUGGGUGUAUUAGCCACCUCCUGACAGCCAUAAGUUAAACCAUAGAAAGUAGAUAUCAUUGUAUUCUAUAAUUACUGUCAGUCUGAUUCACUGCCCUAUCAUCAUAUUUUAUCAUAAAAUAUCAUGAUUAUAUCUUGGGUCAAUAAAUAUUCAGGCCUACUACUACUAUUUUUAAUCCGGACGAAAAAAUAUUACCAUUGAUUUGAAAAAUGUACUUCUUUAUAAAUGUUUUUUUGAAACUAUUGUGAUCUCCAUUUUUAGCCUUUUUUUAAAAAAAAAAAAAUAUAAACAAAAUUACAGACUUUGGUCUGAUGGGAAAACAGCCUAGUUGGUCUAUUUAAAAAUGUGUAUAUAUUUUCCCUUUCCAGGUCAAAGAAACCUAACAAAUGGGCACUUGUUGACCCAACACCAGUAGAUCUGGUUAGUAGGCCUACUUACAUGUUUAGUUAAAUAAUCCUUGUGAUAACAAAUUAUCCAACUAGAGCUUUAUCAAUAUUUUUACAUAGGUACAUUAGUAAUUACUCUUUUGUUUGUUAUUUCACCAUGCAAUUAAAAAACACAUGCAUUCAUAUAUGCAGGUAUCCAUGCAUUUGUAGAUGCAGUCAUCCAUGCAUUUGUAGAUACCGUCAUAAAUACAGUCAUACAUUUAAUACAUGCAGUCAUGCAUGCAUUCAUUAUAUGCUGUCACCCAUGUAGUUAUAGAUAGUCAUGCAUAGUGUCAUAGAUGCAGUCAUGCAUCUGGUCAUGCAUGCAAACAUGCAGUCAUAGAUGCAGUCCUACAGUCAUGCUUGCAGUCUUAAAUGCAGUAAUACAUGCAGUCAUAGAUGCAGUCAAGGAUGUAGUGAUGCAUGCAGUCAUCCAUGCAUUCAUAGGCGCAGUCAUACAUGAAGUCAUGCAAAAUGCAUUGCUCUUGAGAAUAACCAUCAAAAUCUUUUGUGAUUAUGUCUGGAAUACAUAAGAAAUAUUUUACUCCUCCCUAUUCUUCAUAGCCAUGAUUGAAUUUGCAGAUAAGGCAGUGCUAUUGUUCCAAAAAUAUUAAAGCACCCAUAAACAAAACACAGGCUUCUUUAAAAUUAAUUACCAGAUUUUUUUUUUACCAACUGUUCAUUGCACCCAAUUUUAUUUUGUACAGUUUCAUCAUUCUAAGUGCAUCUAUUUUAAAAAAGUUAGAAGGUAAUGGUCAGAUGGGACCAUCCCAAAAUUACAUGCUCAUGCACCCAUAUGCUUAAUGUACUGUCAUUUUAUCAUUGAAAUUGUUAUACGGAAGAGCUAUAUUUAAAAUAAUAACUUGCUUAUAAUUUAGGCGACGAGAAUGUCAUCGAAAGAGUCUGUGCUUGGUGUUCCCACCCUUUCUCUUCCCCACGAGGAGUCCAUCCUGGAGCAUUAUUUCACACUUCUCAGUCAAGCCAGUUUUGAUAAAGCCAAAGAACUUGUGGUAAUUAUCAUAGAGCACACAAUGGAUUCCUUAUAAACUGUUUGUGGGAAAUGGCCAGGUUAAUUAAAGGGCAAUUUAGUUGAUUGGCCAGUGUUCCUGGGACCCAGACCUGGGGUUAAAGGACCUUCUGCAGUUAUUACAUGCAAUGCUUUUAAUAUGAGUUGAGCUUGCAUUCAAUAGCCGUAGCCAGACAGUUUUAACAGAAGUUUUUAUGAAGCAAUGCAACGUAGCUUUACAUAGUUAUAUCAUCCUUUGUAGUUUUGACAUUUUCCUGGACAUGUAAAAUUAUAUCUGAAGUAGGCUACCUGUUAAGGUUAAAACAAACAAAAUUAUAAGAGGAUGUUAAGUUUAAGAACACAAGGAUAAUUAUUAUUAUCUGUCAUCUGCCAAGUUGGACAGUACACCUCUAUGGACAAGUCAUAAAAUAAAUUGCUAAAGGCCCUUCUGUUGGAUGUACCUUGGGCCCCAAAAAGGCUUAAUCUGGCUCCACUGGUGGCUAACUAUGGGAUUUAAACUGGGGUUUGCACCAUGUUAACUGUUCCCAAAGAGCUUAAUCUGGCUCCACCAGUGGCUUACUUUAGCAUUUAAACUAGGACUUGCACCUUGUUAACUGUGUGUUCCCAUCUGUUGGAUGUAACCUGGGCCACCAAAGUGCUUAAUCUGGCUCCACCAGUGGCUUACUUUAGGAUUUAAACGGGCUUGCGCCUUGUUAACUGUGUGUUCCCAUCUGUUGGAUGUACCCUGGGCCACCAAAGUGCUUAAUCUGGCUCCACUAGUGGCUAACUAUAGGAUUUACAGUGUGGUUUGCACCGUUUUAACUAUUGGCGUUUUAUUUCUAAAAUAUACUUAUAUUUCUUUACUUCUACCCAACCACAGGACACUGAGAAAGAUGGGCACAAGUUCAGCAACGCCGCAUCUUGGGGAGAAAUUCUUCAGUGCUUAUCUCAGCUUGCAACAGCAGAGAAAAACUACAGCAAUCUUGUCUUCCUGGGGCAAAAGAGGUUUACGCAUAUUGUCCGUUCAAAAGAUGUGAGUGAAAGAAAUUCAUCUUAAUUAGUUUAGUUUUUCAAACUUUUAAUAUGCCAUUACCCUCAAUGGCUACGCUGUGUGAGGAGAUGUAAAUCUCAAAUAUUGAAUAGUCGUCUAAAGACAACUAUUUCGAUAUUGACUCUCACUACGUUAUCACAACUAUUCACCACAACACUGUUUACUUCAAUUCACCAUAUUAGUUUAUUCGCCAUGACAAUUUAACAAUUCCUUAACCUAUUGCUGUUAUAUUAAGUUAUGACUAAUAGUCAAGACGUUCCUGCAAAACACUCAGCAAUACACAACAAGUUAAACCGUGAAUAUCCUUCAACUCUACUCUACGGCAAUCAAUCCACCAUAAUAUCAACAAAACUGACACAUCAUGCCCCUUACCCAAUUACGUCACAAAACUCUCAAUAUAAUAGAUACAGAUACACAUAUACUUUCUAUUCUAAACAUCUUUUCCAUACCAAACAGUUACUUGUAACCCCAAACAUAAUAACAGUGAUUCCCAUACCCUUGACACCGUGAAGCUCAUGAACCCUUGAAUGUUACAUUUUUUCCUGUACAUUGUGAAGUUGGUUGUCUACAUUCAUAAACCAGCAAAGUGUUCAGGGCUCGGUUAAAAUAAACCAUGUUUCAUCUUGAGUUAGUGUUUUUCCCGUAAGUGAUAAAUUUUAGCCAGCAUGCCCUAUCUACAUUUGCCAGUAAGCACCAGUUAUGAUUACAGUUUCAAAAAGCUGACUUAAAAAUAAUAGAAAUAGGUCAAGAAUUUUAGGAUGCCAGAUAGCGGUAUUUAAAGUUACCGCAGGAAAACCCAUAGCAAAAUCCUGAACAAGUUUAACCACUGCAAUAAGUUUAACAUCAGAGUUAACUUAUGAAUUUAUCAAAUUCAAUUUACAGUCAACACUUUAAGUAGCAAAAGCUUUGUAAGGCAUAGUUCAAAAAUUUUAAAUAGAUUAUGAAAAUAUAUAUUUUUUUAAAUUAACUAAUAUAGAUUUACUGUCGCAUCUAUAAUUGUCAUGUAUUAUAAAUGACAAAGUGGCUGUGGGGACUAUUAGAAAUUGAAGAGAAAAAAAAAAAGAUAUAUUUUAAAUAUUAUCAAGUUCCAAGAAAGUGAAAUGAACACAAUGCUUUCAUGUUUAUCCAGAGUGCCAAGUCCAUUUAUUCAAUGUUGUUUCAAGAGUUUCAACGCAUGGAAAACUUCCUCACACCUCUGCUAAGGGAGAGCAGCACUCAUCUUGAAACUGACCAGCUCCUAGCCCACAUCAGUGGGCAGCUGUCCUACUUUGUGAGAGCAAGGAUUAAAAUGAUAGAAUUGUAUCCUUUAUUGAAAUACAAAUCUGCAUGUGCGGCCCACCUGUUGGCUCGUUUUGAACAACUGUUAAAGCAUUUCGAACACCAAAUUGGAUCUUUAAGGGUUAAAUGGAAAUACACAUACCUGAACAAAAACUUUUAAAAUGUUCAUUAAAAGUCAACUGCUAUAAUUAAGCUGUUCAGCCAGAGCUCAGCAACCUUUUGUCACGUGAUACACACCUUAGGCUCUUCCAAUAAUUCCACCGCACACCACGGGUAAAAACAUGCAAAAAUAUAUAAUAAAUAACCUAAUGCAGUUAACAUUCAUAAUGGCGUGUAAUGCUAAAAUGUAUCGGAUCACGCUGCAUUGCUCAGUUUAAAAUGUCCAUACUGGAUGCAUAUCUGUCAUCACAAUGUUUGACAGCUUAAUCAUAAUAGGCUAUUCAAUGUCUCUCUUGUAUCAUCACGGUUUAAUCAUGCUAACGUAACUUCAUAAAAUCUGUGCUUUCCUCUUUUUGGAGACAUUUUGCACGGCACACCUGGCGCCACCUAGUGGCACACCAGCUGUGAGGCUCUGUCACCAGCUGUGAGGCUCUGUCACCAGCUGUGAGACUCUGUCACCAGCUGUGAGGCUCUGUCACCAGCUGUGAGGCUCUGUCACCAGCUGUGAGGCUCUGUCACCAGCUGUGAGGCUCUGUCACCAGCUGUGAGGCUCUGUCACCAGCUGUGAGGCUCUGUCACCAGCUGUGAGGCUCUGUGUGUGUAAGCAGAUUUUUUUUUUUAAAGUUAAGCAAAAAUGCACUGUUGUGAUCUGCCUUCAUUGUGACCUAGUUAUGAACAGUUGGCAAGCCUGGGUGCCAUGAGGCAGUGGAUGAACUUUGACGACCUGAUCAUGAUUCUUGAGGAAAUAGUGGCAGAGAAUGUGACGGCUUUCCACCACCCACUGGGAACCUCUCUCAAAACAGUUUUUAGGUGAGAAUUUGAGAUAAUGAUAGACCUUCUGUCGGGAACCUCUCUCAAAAAUAGUUUUUGGGUGAGAAUUUGAGAUAAGUAUAAUGAUAGAUCUUCUUCACACUUUCAUUUUCAAACAUUUAAACAAAAAGUGGGUGCCAGGGCUUGGCUUGUCACAUGCAGGGCUUGAACUAUGAGUCAUAGGAUCAGGUUAAUCUUACUAGGUACAGAAUGAAAACAGUGAACCAUCAGCCUCUUUUAACUGCCCGUCCUUACCUAACACUUUACACCUUACUAUAGGAUUACAAGCUCACUCUCUUGACCAAGUGAGGCACCUAACUGAGAGCACCCCAGACAUUCAUUUUAUAAGCAUUACACAUGAAUUAAAUAUCUCUGUCAGGAAACACCCCCCCCCCCCAAUCCCAACAUUGCAAAAGUCCUUUUAGUGUUAAAACUUGUUAGGGAUUUUUUGUCCUUAAUGUAUUUUUAAUUGCAAAAGUCCUUUUAGUGUUAAAACUUGUUAGGGAUUUUUUGUCGUUAAUGUAUUUUUGCUCUUAUACUACCUAAAUUCUUACCAGACCUUUGGGUUGGGGGGGGGGGUGUAAGCCAGACCUGUUUACUAUUACGAUUUUGGCGUACAAUGUAAGAUUUUGAGGUGUAUAGAUUGUAUAUACUGUAUGUUUAUUUUUUACUAUAAAUAUAACGUAUUGAACGAAUUUUUCAUGAUAUUGUACGAUUUUAAGAGUCUGAGGGUAAACUGGUCUGAUAAGCUGAGACAAGUAAUGUGAUUGUUAGCUGGGACAAACUGACUGCCCGCUCCCUUCUUAGAGUGUUGGUGUAAUCAUUUUUUUAAAAAUCAAGUUUUAUGUUGUGGCAUUCUUAUAUAACAACAGAGUUGUACAUUCCAACCCACUUAUUGGAACAAAGGAAAAGGCCACUUUGGAAUAGAUUGGUUUUUUCCAUGUAUUAGAUUGUUUUUUUCCAUGUAUUUUCAGCCUGGAGUGUGAGUCACUCAGUCACCUGCUCAAAGCCCUGCUGCUGAUGACCACCUGGAGCUACAUGCAGUGUGUCCUUCAGCUUCACCAGGCUCACAGUAAACUCAAUACAUGGGGGACCAUGAUUCCCAUCAAAGAGGUGACUCUCCAUGUUCUGUACACUUAAUAAAUGGGGGAUGGGAUGUUAUUAAUUACAAAGGAUGUGAUACUUUUUUUUUAUAUCAAUAUUCAAAACCAAGAGCUGAAUCUGUCAGGAUGUCAUUAAAGUACCGUUAUGUCAGGAUGUCAUUAAAGUACCGUUAUGUCAGGAUGUCAUUAAAGUACCAUUAUGAACAAAGCCAUCCAAUAUUUUUAAAAAUUUGACAAUCCAGCGGUUUGUUUUUUUGCAUCAAAUACAUUAUGUAAGAGCUAUUAUUGGCCCUCAAAUUUUUAAUGUUUCCAAUCAUAUAACCAAUCAUCUGUUUGAAUAGGUCCUAUGUUUUCCAUAUCUUCCUGGGAAAACAUCUAUUUGUGUGCAUGUUCAUUACAUUUUCAAUCAAUGUGAAGUUGUUUUUUUAACACACUAUAAAGCAGAGAAAAAUAACUUUUGUUAAGAAACAAAUUAAAUUUGGCUUUAUUCAUUUACACAUAAUACAGGAUAAAAUAUAAAUUGUUUUAUUCAACUUGAUAAAACAUUUGGUUUGGUGAAAUUUCAUUUAUUCAACUUGAUUAAAAGGAAGGAGACUUAUUUUGUAUACGGUACACCAAUUUAAUGCAAUAUCAUGAUAGGUCAGCUCCUGCUUGUCUCAAAAAGAAUUAAUAUUGUGCAGCUAGGGGCAUAGCUAGAGAUAGCGCAGCCCGGGGCAUAGCGAAGGAUAGUGCAGCCCCCCGGGGCGUAGCUAGGGAUAGUGCAGCCCCCGGGGUGGGCCAAGCAUUUGGCCACUCCCCUUCCAUGGAAAAAAACUCAGCAGUUGGCUGAAAAUGUUAUCACUCAAUAUCAUGAAAGUGGCACCUGCGCACUUCAAACACCCCCCCCCCUUUUUUUUUCCUUUGUCAAUAUUUGCAGCUGACAUUACUCAACAUCUAUUUUCAACUUUGUAGGUUGAAAGAAGAGAAGGUGAAGCUCGGUUGUUGUUUUUUUUGUUUUUUCUUCUCCCAAACAAAAAGAAUAACGUGAUCAGCCAUUACCGGUAUUAACCAAAGUUUUAUGUUCCAGGUCAAGUCCUCAUUCGGCCGCUCAUCCAGCAAGUCCAAUCCGUUUCCCCCCAUCUACACCUGGAUGUACAAGCUCAAAGGGAUUCUCUUAUCAAAGGUGAUCAUUCAUUUUGAUUUAUUUCCCUUUCAAAGGUGAUCAAUCAGUUGUGCUUGAUAUCUCUUAUCAAAGAUGAUCAGUCAGUUGUGCUAGAUACUAGGGGUGUGCCGGAAUCCGGUUCCGCCGGAUUUUGCACUAUCCGGUGAAAUCCGGUUCCUCCGGAUUUACAUGUAUCCGGAACAACCGGAUUCCGGAAUCCGGAAUAUACCGGAUUUCGGAAUUUGCCAGAUUUUGUGACUCACCGGAUCAUAAUCUGAAAUAAAAGUAAUUCUCUUUCCCAAAUUCCACACGAUCACGAUACAUUAAUCGAUUGUUUCGAGCGUUGAGCUUGUUUAAUGUUUAAUAUUCCGUACAUACCAGAGGCUAGAGUCAGCACCGCUAAUAGUGGCCAAUAGUGUAGGGACUUUGAUAAGAAAAUUUAAACUUUUUGUAAAAAUAAACCAAUGGCAUAGUUGAAAAGAUGUAAUUUUUUAAAGAAUUAUAACACCAAAAUCAUAUUUUUAGCUCUUGUAGUUUUAAAGUUAUGAAUUUUUAAAGUACGACUUGGUUUGUCAUUUUUUAACAUGGACUGCAUCUCCACAUUCUGUGAUCUCAUUCCGCCAAUCCCGUCAUGCGCAAUGACUAUAUAGUUUAUAUAAGGCAACGCAUUCCCUGCCUUAUCACUAAAAUACUGUUUAGACUUAGUUUAAACUUUCAACUUUGGCACAUGAAUAAUUAAUUAAAGCUUUCCCUGACCAAUGGUUUAAUAGUUUUUGCACACGGCAAACUCUUAUGAAUGAAACUCUGAGGUAGUACUACGAUACAGUUAUGCAAGUGGCUGUGAAUGGUUGCCAAUGACAACGUGUUGCACACGGUAAAUUCUGAUCAUUUAUAAUAUGGAUUCUACCGGGUUGUUAAAGCUCAAAUUAAAACAUUCCAGUUUAAAUGUCUUUAAAUGCAUUCUGAAACACAAGUUAUCAAUUAUUUUGAUGUAAAUAGUGAUAAUAAAUUAAUAUUUCCUAAGUAUCGUCAACUUCCGCCAUUAAAAAGGGGGGCGUGGCCAACCCCAUGGCGAAAUUAGGUUGAGCGAGCUGCAUAACCUGCUGCGAACGCGUAGAAACAUGGCGUCUCUCGUAAGACACUUAUCCAAAUGGAACGGAACUCAAAUAUAUAUCGAAAGUACUAAUUUAAUAAUAAAUAGACACACACAUCGGAAAAUUAAAAACUAGGAUUUUUUGGCGCCGAUUGCGAAUUCCCAUACACAAAAAGUAGUAGUCCACCUUGACUUACCGAAGUAUCUACCAUUAGUACCAAAAUCCGGAAUCCGGGAGAAACCGGAAUCCGGAUUAUUCCGGAAUCCGGAUCCGGCGGAUUUCGCAUAAGAAAAUCCGGAUCCGGUUGGAAAAAACGGAUCCGGCACACCCCUACUAGAUACCUCUUAUCUAACUGGAUCAUUCAGUAGUGCUUGAUAUCUCUUAUCAAAGAUGAUCAUUCAGUUGUGCUUGAUAUCUCUUAUCAAAGAUGAUCAAUCAGUUGUGCUUGAUCUCUCUUAUCAAAGGGGAUCAUUCAGUUGUGCUAGAUACCUCUUAUCUAACUGGAUUAUUCAGUUGUGCUUGAUCUCUCUUAUCAAAGGGGAUCAUUCAGUUGUGCUAGAUACCUCUUAUCUAACUGGAUCAUUCAGUUGUGCUAGAUACCUCUUUUCAAAGGGGAUCAUUCAGUUGUGCUAGAUACCUCUUUUCAAAGGGGAUCAUUCAGUUGUGCUAGAUACCUCUUAUCUAACUGUAUUAUUCAGUUGUGCUUGAUAUUUUAUUAUGAUAAGAUGGGAUUAGAUGCUUUUUAUUUAUCAUAAUACAUAGAAACUUGUUUUGAUAACAUUGCUCAUUUCAAUCUUGAAAGUGUUUGACUAGUUGUUUUUUGUUUUUGUAUUUUGCAUGGUCUGUGUUGGUCUGUACCAAGGCUUUAGGUGAACCAUUGUGUUGUCAGAUUUUUCAAGGCAUUAGUCAAGAGUUGUGUGUUCAGUUGUGAGGUGUAUUGGUGCUUGAGUGUGUGUUGGAACUUCAAACAAAAUAUUGUUGAUUUUUUGUUUGGCUUUUUUUUUUCUCCUCAAGAUCAUGGAUAAUGCAGGUAACAAAUGUAAUUGAGUCAACUGAAUUGUGGUGCCCUGAAUAUUAGAAUUAUUCUUUCUACAUUCUAUCAUUUAAUUUAAAUUUUAACCUUUCAAAAUAUUGAAAUGAGUUACAAACAAUUAAUUUUAAAAAGUAACAAAUGUAAUUGAGUCAACUGAAUUGUGGUGCCCUGAAUAUUAGAAUUAUUCUUUCUACAUUCUAUCAACAUUUAAUUUAAAUUUUAACCUUUAAAAAUAUUGAAAUGAGUUACAAAACAAUCAAUAUUAAAAUGUAAAAUAAAUAAAAGGCCACUUCCAUUACAGUUUGCUUUGUAUUUCUACGAUGUCCUGGCCAAGCAGACGAUCCCGUCCGAGAUGAAAGCAAAUCUUUCGAAAGUACCUGAAGAUUUUGUUGGCAGGUAAGAAUUAAAGCAGACAGAUAAGCUGACAGGGAAAUCAACACUUGUAUCAAAAUCAAAAGUAACUUAAUGCCUAAAACUUAUCUUUUGGAUUCUUUUCUUUUUUUUUUUUUUUUUUGGUGGGUUAUAGAAUGGGACCAUAUUCAGCUUUUACAGGACAAUCUCAUAUUCAGCUUUUACAGGGCAAUCACAUAUUCAGCUUUUACAGGACAAUCUCAUAUUCAGCUUUUACAGGACAAUCACAUAUUCACCUUUUACAGGACAAUCACAUAUUCAGCUUUUACAGGUCCAGGACAAUCACAUAUUCACCUUUUACAGGACAAUCACAUAUUCAGCUUUUACAGGACAAUCACAUAUUCAGCUUUUACAGGUCAAUCACAUAUUCAGCUUUUACAGGACAAACACAUAUUCAGCUUUUACAGGUCAAUCACAUAUUCAGCUUUUACAGGACAAUCACGUAUUCAGCUUUUACAGGACAAUCACGUAUUCAGCUUUUACAGGACAAUCACAUAUUCAGCUUUUACAGGACAAUCACAUAUUCAGUUUUUACAGGUCAAUUGCAUUACUCCUUUGAUUAAUUUAUCAUUUCUCAUAUUUGCCAACAUCAGACCUAAUCCUAUAGACAGUUGAUAAAAUACUUAUUAAAUAAUAAGAUAAGAUAAGAUUCUUUUAUUCGUCCAAACAAAUGAAAAUGUUUUUUUGGUUGCAUUGUACAUUUUCAGCACAUAAAUAAAACAAUUUGAACACAAGAUAUCUACAUUAAAUUAUUUCACUAGUGAAAAAAACAGCCAUUCAGUGAAUUCUCUUAGACAUAUCAGGGACUUAUUAGUUCUCAUCAAGAUUUGUGACUUCAGGGGGAGCACGCUGGUAAAUUAUUACAGAUUAGGGAACAAAAGAAUUUUUAUAUAUUUCAGUCCUCGCCCUGAGAAUUCAUCCCGAACUAGCCAAUCCUAAGUAUCUGUGAUGAAGAGGGUGGGUCAUCCAAAAUUUGUUUAGUUUUAUAUCUUUCUUAAAAUAGUUCAAAUGAGAAGGAUGUUUAGUUGGUGUUAUGUUCCUAGCUUUCUUGAUUAGUCGGUUUAUGCUCUGUUUAAUAUCAGACGAUGAAUUCCCACACCAGCAGGUAUUAUUGAAAUUAAGUAGGUUUCCAAUGGUUGCACUGUAGAAUAAGUUAAUGACUUGUUUGUUUACGCCCAAAUUGUACAGUUUUUUGAGGUAAAACAGUCUUUGGUUGAUUUUCUAAUACAGCAUUUGGCCGCGCUCAUGCCAUGUUGGCUUAUUAUUAAUGGUGACACCUAAGUACUUAUAUGCCUCUACUUUCUCUGCACUUUGAUUUUUUUAUGUUGAUUUCUGUAAUCUGGUGUUCCCCCUCCUGAAAUCAACAACCAUUUCCUUUGUCUAUAAGACAUUCAGCUGGAGAAAAUUUUCAUCGCACCAAUUGAUAAAGCUUGUAAUUAAGUUACUGUAUAAGCCCUCUCCCUCAGAUGAUAAGCCAACGAUGGUGGUACCAUCAGCAAAUUUUAAGAUAAAUGGCAAAUCCAUGUUGUAGAAGGAUUUUCUCAAUAUUAUUGUGUUUCAGGAGAAACAAUUUAUAAAUUAUUUUACCAAAAUAGAACAAAAAUUAUCUCCCUUGCCAUUUCUAAGACUUUUUCUCCUGUCCAAAGCACCCAAAAUUUCACUGAGUUUAUUAGUAUUAUUUUAUUGUUCGUAAUUUGUUUGUGUGAAGAUAUGACCCAGGCUCGAUUUGACCUGUGCUGUAUUUUAUUUAAAGUGAGGGAGAGUUGCUCAAUUCGUCAGCCUCACUCUCUUAUCCUCUCCAAUUUGAUCCAGUGGUCAGACCUUGUCAAAAUGACUGGGAGAAAUUGAACAAUGAUAAUGUCAUUUUUCAAACCUGAUUUAUAUCUCAAUGAAAUGGAUAAAAUAAAUUUUCACCAUUGAUGAAAAAUUAAAUUUUGCAAUAUCAAUAUCUAUUCAUAUUUCAUACUGGAAGUGCCGAAGAAAACUUGGAAGACUGAGAUGUAUUGCACGAACACUGCUGCACGUGUCACCUUGAGUUUGUGGCUGAGAUUUGGUUCAUGAAAUUUAUGGGCAAACUUAUCGAUAUAGAAACAUGCUGUAGAAAUAAUGAUACAAUAGGGACAUCAAUUUUAUUUGAUUUUGAUGCCCAUAAUGUUCUGAACAAUGUCCCUAUUGAAUAAAUAUGAAAUAAGAGAUAAGAAAACUGGUCAAACAUAAUUUUGUAACCAUACAAAAAAUUGAUUUGUAAACACUUUCCUAAAAUCUUCAAAAUAUGUUCAAAAAAAUUUAAGAUAUUUAGGACCAAGGUAGAAGUGCUUUAGAUUCAACUUAUGUUUUUGAACUACUUCUGUUUGUGUUAACUACUUAUGUCUGUGUGAACAACUUUUGUAUGUUUGUGAACCACUUAUCUUUCUAGGUGAACCACUUAUAAUUGUAAUUUACAAAAUAAGGAAUCCUGGUGUUUAUAAUCUGAUGAAAACGUACACAAUCUUUUAAAAGAUUUGCAAAACACAAACAAAAAAAAAACAUUAGAAAUAGAUUUGAAAACGUUAAGUGGGAGACAAGAAAAACAAAGCUCAGUAGAAUUCAUUUAGUUUUCAUUUAAUUUUCUUAUUUUACAUUUCAUUAUGCCCAUUAAGAAUUUUUAAACAAUUACGUACAGCAUUUACAUGGUGUUUAUUUCAAUGAUUAGGUCUAGUGAUGUGCGGAGUGAUUGGGUCUAGGAAUGUGCGGAGUGAUUGGGUCUAGUGAUGUGCGGAGUGAUUGGGUCUCGUGAUGUGCGGAGUGAUUGGGUCUGGAGAUGUGCGGAGUGAUUGGGACUGGGGAUGUGCAGAGUGAUUGGGACUAGGGAUGUGCGGAGUGAUUGGGACUGGGGAUGUGCGGAGUGAUUGGGACUGGGGAUGUGCGGAGUGAUUGGGACUGGGGAUGUGCGGAGUGAUUGGGUCUGGGGAUGUGCGGAGUGAUUGGGUCUGGGGAUGUGCGGAGUGAUUGGGUCUGGGGAUGUGCGGAGUGAUUGGGUCUGGGGAUGUGCGGAGUGAUUGGGUCGGGGGAUGUGCGGAGUGAUUGGGUCGGGGGAUGUGCGGAGUGAUUGGGACUGGGGAUGUGCGGAGUGAUUGGGACUGGGGAUGUGCGGAGUGAUUGGGACUGGGGAUGUGCGGAGAGAUUGGGACUGGGGAUGUGCGGAGUGAUUGGGACUGGGGAUGUGCGGAGAGAUUGGGACUGGGGAUGUGCAGAGAGAUUGGGACUGGGGAUGUGCGGAGAGAUCGGGACUGGGGAUGUGCGGAGUGAUUGGGACUGGGGAGUGCGGAGUGAUUGGGACUGGGGAUGUGCGGAGUGAUUGGGACUGGGGAUGUGCGGAGUGAUUGGGACUGGGGAUGUGCGGAGUGAUUGGGACUGGGGAUGUGCGGAGUGAUUGGGACUGGGGAUGUACGGAGUUAUUAGGACUAGUGAUAUGCAGUCCUUAAAGAGAUUACUCAUAUUAAAGAUGGCCAGUGAACUCAUUUGGGCUAGUCAUACUUAAUAUAAAUUUAUUUAAAAAGUGUGACCCCCACAUUUCCCCCACCAGAAGGAGGGACACUAACAGCUUGUUGUUUUUUCCCCACAGAAUCCAAGCCUUCCAGAAGAAAUCUGAUGCCACCAACAUUUACCUGGUCCUAGAUGCUGAAGGUUUGAGUGGACGUGUGGGGGAGGGGGGCUACCACCACCCCAACAAGUAUGCAGAGCCGACCCAGGGAAUGGAGACCUACCCACCUAUCUAUUCAUAUCCCAUGGUAACUGCUUAUCUACCCAUCUAUCUAUUCUCAUCACAUGAUAACUACUUAUCUACCCACCUAUUUAUUCAUAUCACAUAACUUAUCUACCCACCUAUUUAUUCAUAUCACAUAACUACUUAUCAACCCAACUUUCUAUUCACAUACAUUACUUAUCUACACACCUAUCUAUUCUCAUCACAUGAUAACUACUUAUCAACCCACCUAUCUAUUCACAUUACAUUACUUAUCUACCCACCUAUCUAUUCACAUUACAUGGUAACUACUUAGACUUGUAAUAUAAGAACCUGAUAGAAUUCAUCAAUUAGCUUUCUGUAACAGUCACUGAACUUCUGUAAUCAUCAAGGUGUGCUUUAAAUUCGUAUCUGCUGAUAUGGCCAAAGCAUACGAGUUACAAAUGAUCACAUAGAAUUCAUUCAUUUUUAAAUCAUAUGUUUUUAUUUUCCACUUCCAAAAUCAAAUCCUCUUUAAAAUACUUCUACUUGUGUCUGAACCAGGCGUAUAUUUUCACAUAUCUCAAAGUGAAUGUUAAAUCCUCUGGAAUGCUCCUGAACUGAACCAGGCGUAUAUUUUCACAUAUCUCAAAGUGAAUGUUAAAUCCCCUGGAAUGCACCUGAAGUUUAAAAAGAAAACAACUAUAAAAUGUGUUUAUUGGAAUUGUUUUUCUACAGGAGCGUACGAUCAAUUCAACACGCUGGCAUACCAUCAUCAUGAUAAUGAACUCCUCCACCGAGUGCACGGACAAGAUUCAGUUUAUGUUUGAAAAGGCGACUGACAAGGUAAGUGUGUAGGGCUGGCUGCAGUGACAUCGCUAGAGCUAGUGCUGCCGGGGAAGUCCAAGAUUUCUGCCGCGCCUCCCUUAUCACGAAAAAAUUCUGCAGUUUGCAGAAAUAAGCAGGUCCUAAAUAUAUAAAACAAUGUGCCUCUAAAAGCCCACGUCCCCCCCCCCCCAAAGCUCCUACCUCUACCAGCGCCUGGUGUGUAAAUCAUGUAUGGGGCACAGGGAUAUGAAAUGUGUAUUGUUUUUGAAUGUGUAGUGGAGUGCAAUCAUGUUUCUCAUUGCAAAGGUGUUGCAGGUGCAGGGCGUGCACAAAAAGGAAUCAAUUAAAUACAAUUCUCUCUGCACCUCAGGUGUAAUGGUGAGUUCAAUGGUGCGCAAAAUAAAAUUAUCUGUUGUUUUCUGGGGAUUGAUCUGACGCCACCAAAUCAAGGGGGUUAAUCAAGCAACUAACCCCAGAAAGUCAUCACACAGUUAUUCUCACACCUAUUGUGAAAAACUGGGUUGGUUGUGGUAAUAUAAGUUAAACACUAUAAAACAUUGACUAUAAAACUGUUCAAAAUUGACUGACUACGGCUGUUGAAAAAAUAAGUGUUUUGAGUGGACAGGAUACGCUCUUUAUAGGCUCCUGAGCACAGCUGGUAUGAGAGUAUCUGGAAAAAAUUCCAGCAAGGUCAAAGUUUUAUCUUAAUCCGGGGCCCAAUGCUUAAAAUUCAUAGGGAAAACAAGUUUAGUUUAAUGAAACAUUUGAUUUGAGUGGUAACCGUUUGUUUCUUUAUUCUAUCCCAGAAGCCCCAGUGAAACAUUUGAUUGUUGUGGUAACCGUUUGUUUCUCUAUUCUAUCCCAGAAGCCCUAGUGAAAUAUUUGAUUGUUGUGGUAACCGUUUGUUUCUCUAUUCUAUCCCAGAAGCCCUAGUGAAAUAUUUGAUUGUUGUGGUAACCGUUUGUUUCUCAGUUCUAUUCCAGAAGCCCUAGUGAAACAUUUGAUUGUUGUGGUAACCGUUUGUUUCUCUGUUCUAUCCCAGAAGCCCCAGUGAAACAUUUGAUUGUUGUGGUAACUGUUUGUUUCUCUGUUCUAUCCCAGAAGCCCCAAUGGAACAUUUGAUUGUUGUGGUAACCGUUUGUUUCUCUGUUCUAUCCCAGAAGCCCCAAACCUCUUACUUCAUCAUACGGGUGGAUAUUAGAAUCGCUCUGGUGGUGAUAUUUGAGAGCAAGAAGAACGAGAGGGACUCCACCGUCAACACGUUCAUGACAGACUUGGCCUCACAGCUGAGAUGUCAAACUGUCAUGGCAGGCCUGAAAAACUUUGCCAGAUCCUAGAGAUGUUUGCGAGUGUGAUGUCAUUAUUGUGUGGGAUUUUGUGUGUGUGGGAUGUCAUGUGCAACUGGAAUGUCAUGUGAAUGGGGGGAUGGCAUAUGGGGGGGGAUUUCAUAUAUAUGAGAAUGGCAUCUUUUUAGGGAUGUCAUUUAAGUCAGGGAAUGGCAUGUGUGUGUGGGGCCUGUCAUUUAUGGUAGAGUUGUUGAUGGUUGAUGGCAUGUUUUUAGGGAUGUCAUUUGAGUCAGGGAAUGGCAUGUGUGUGUGAGGCAUGUCAUGUAUGGUAGAGUUGUUGAUGGUUGAUGGCAUGUAUUUAAGGGGUGUUAUUUGUGUGAAAGUUUUGUGUGGUGAAGAUAAUUCUUUUUUAUUUUUGCCAUUUCCUACGUGAGAAGAGUUUGUGAACUCAACACAGAUUUACGGGUAUAGUUCCUCAAUGCUGUCACUUGUAAGAAUUAUUUAAAGCAUGAUGUGAUUUGAAGAAUUCAUGGCAGUUAACUCUUGUGUCAAUGAACUUAGUGUAAGUCAUGUUUUUAUCAUUGUUGCUAGGAAGAUUUUCAAUUAAAGCAAUGCUGUGUACAUAAUGUAUUGUUUUGGUGGUGUUUGAACCUAUCGUGACCUCUCUUUGGUGUACACAUUCAGUUAUAUAAACAGAUUGAACCUAACAGGACAUCUCACUGGUGUACACAUUCAGUUAUAUAAACAGAUUGAACCUAUCAGGACAUCUCACUGGUGUACACAUUCAGUUAUAUAAACAGAUUGAACCUAUCAGGACAUCUCACUGGUGUACACAUUCAGUUAUAUGCACAGUUUGAACCUAUCAGAGCCUGGUGUUAGUGCAAAAAAUUAUGAAAUAUAAAUGUUUGAACCUAUGUUGACUACCUGUUAAUUUAUUAAUUAAUUGAGUAACGUUAAUAAUGUUAUCAUUUCCCCUGUGCCAAACAUGGCCAUGUAGUAUUGAAGGGCUGGAAUAUCUAGUAAGACAAAAAUGAUCCAUUCCUUCCACUACCAGUGGCAAUUAAUUCUAUUGAAAUUGAAAGGUUUUAAUUGAACUGUAACUUCUACAGCUAGACAUAAGUUGCAAAGAUUGUCAUACACAGUACAUCUACGACUAGACAUAAGUU